GUUGGGAGGGCAGAAGUGGCAGGGUGGGAGCAUGCUGCUCACCUGCAGGGUUUCUGGGUGGAGCACGAGUGAGGUGUUGGUCAUGGGACAUAAAGCUGUUCCUGAUUUAGUGCUUGAGAGCUUGCUGAGCGCUCUGCCCAGCUCUCCUGCAACCCAUGCACAGGGUGCCUUGAAAGCAGCAGGUCUGAGCCUUCCAAGCCUCAUCCACAUCUCAGAUACUUUCAGAAAGCACCACAAAGAAGCUUCCUUGGGUAGAAAACCCUGCAAGAAAAAACUGCGCUUUCUGGAAACUUGGGGAGCAGAGCUGUCGAAAUGGCAGAGAAUAAGGACAGUAAUCUUAAAAACACAGAUGUGAGACCCAAGAGCAGCCGGAGCAGGAGUGCAGACAGAAAGGAUGGUUAUGUCUGGAGUGGAAAGAAACUCUCCUGGUCGAAAAAGACUGAGCGCUGUUCUGAUACUGAGACGGCGAACGCUGCAGGAAGGUCAGGGCCUAAUUUAAGGAGCCAGGAGAGAAAGUAUAGCUGCUCUUCUAUCGAGCUGGAUCUAGAUCGUUCGUGUGGACACAGGUUUUUAGGCCGGUCUCUCAAACAAAAACUGCAAGAUGCUGUGGGUCAGUGCUUUCCCAUCAAAAAUUGUACCAGUCGGCACGCCUCAGGACUUCAAUCGAAAAGAAAAAUUCAUAUCAGUGAGUUGAUGCUAGAUAAGUGUCCUUUUCCUCCACGCUCGGAGCUCGCUUUUCGGUGGCACCUGAUUAAAAGGCAUACAGCCCCUAUAAGCCAAAAAGCAGAAGACUGGACAAUUGCUGACUUAUCCCAGAAUGAGGAAAAGGAGGAGGACCUACGAGACAAUGAGAUAGAGUCCGAUCCUCCAUCGGCUCCCUCCCCAUCCUCUGACCUUACUGAUGGCAUUCCCUCCAGGCGGGACUCACGGUCUGAGCUGGUGGUAGGGAAGGUGGUAAGGAGCAGUAAAGAAGACAGCGACAUGGACUCCGACGAUGAAGUUGUAACGCUGUGCACAAGCUCUAGGAAAAGAAACAAGCCCAAAUGGGAAGCUGACGAUGAGCUGCUGCGGAUGGAAACGCCUCCGAAAUACCAUACGCAGAUCGAUUAUGUGCACUGCCUAGUCCCAGACCUCCUGCAGAUCAACAACAACCCCUGCUACUGGGGAGUCAUGGAUAAGUAUGCAGCCGAAGCACUGCUGGAAGGAAAGCCAGAGGGAACGUUUUUGUUACGAGAUUCUGCCCAGGAAGACUACUUGUUUUCCGUGAGCUUCAGGCGCUACAGCCGCUCUCUGCACGCGCGGAUAGAGCAGUGGAAUCAUAACUUCAGCUUUGAUGCUCACGAUCCUUGUGUCUUCCACUCUCCUGACAUCACGGGACUCCUAGAGCACUAUAAGGAUCCAAGCUCCUGUAUGUUCUUCGAACCGCUUUUGUCCACUCCGUUGAACAGGACUUUCCCUUUCUCCCUUCAGCAUAUAUGUAGAACAGUUAUUUGCAACUGUACGACCUACGAUGGUAUUGAUGCACUGCCCAUUCCUCCAUCAGUGAAGCUGUAUCUGAAGGAAUACCAUUAUAAAUCGAAAGUUAGAGUACUCAGGAUCGAUGUACCAGAGCAGCAAAGCUAGAAAAUAUUUUUGUGACAGAAUGAAAUGGUCUCUAAACAGGUGAAUUGUGUGGUCAGUCCUUCCUCCCUUUAAGUUUCUUUUCAAUGGCAGUUUGACGUUUUUCUUCCUCUUUCUGCAGAUCAUUCAACCCAAACAGGCCUCUGCUUAAGGCUUUUUUAUCCAACUGUACUUUGAGUCUUCCCAGCUCUCUUUUAGAAAUGAUAUUCCUUGUGGGCUUUUGGUACUGUUCCUAAACUAGUUUUAUGGAAUUUCAGGUAGGCUUUCUGGUAUUUCUAUAGAUGGAUAGUCUUUAGAUCGAAAAACCUUAGAAAUUGGUUUUGAACUUGAUCCAUCUUUUAUAUUGUAUUUCCAUCUGUUGCUGACAUGUUUGAAAUAAUGCACUGUUAACUGAAGACUGACUCAUCUGUAUUUUCUGCAUUUCUUUUAAAACGAGUCUCUAGUCUUGUGUCUGUGUGUAUGUCUGUCUUUAAUACAGUAAUUUCAUCAAUCUAUUUCUAACAUUACUAUUCCUAGCAAAAUGAAGUUUGAAAGAGGAUAUGAUCUUUCUAUAAAUACAUCAGGGGACUGAACACCAGGGAGGGGGAAAAACAAUUCAUGCUGAGGCCAGUGCUGAGUACA